GUGGUCUUAUGCAUUCUUGUUUUUGUGCAUCGACGAGAGGAAAUCAGCUGGCGACCGUAAAAAGGGUUUGUUCGUUCGUGGUCUAGGGCUUUUGGUUUUCGAUUUAAUGAAGAAAUGGGGCUGGAGAAACGAUGGAUGAUUCGGGGCCAUUUUUGAAGCUCGACAGGAGGGAGGGUAUUUUACUUAAUUUUAGCUUGAUUCCUUCCUUCUAGGGUUUUACUUUUCCUACCUGUUUCCGCACUCGCAUCGCCAUGGCUGGGAAGAAUGUGAUCUCUGACGACGAAGAUGAGAUUGGUGUUGACGAAGAGGAGAGAGAUGAAGAGCCUUACGGAGAUCAAGCUGAUGAACGCGAGGACGAAGAGGAUGAAGAAGAAGAAGACGAGGAAGGGCAGGACGAAUAUGAAAAAGAUGGAUUCAUAGUGGAUGAUGUCGAGGAAGAAGAGGAAGAGGAGGAAGAGGAUAGAGUUGACAGUGAUGAGGAGAGGCAAAAGAAAAAGAAAAGGAAAAAGAGGGAGUCAGAAAGGAACUAUGUUCUUGACGAGGAUGACUAUGAACUCCUCCAGGAAAGCAAUAUCUCUGUGCAUCGCCCGAAGUUGGAAAGUAAGAAAUUUAAGCGUCUAAAAAAGGCUCGAAGGGAUGCAGAAGAAGGCUCCUCUGGAUUUUCUGAUGAAGAGGAGUUUGAUGGUAGUGGUAAAGGUGGGCGGACAGCUGAGGAGAAGCUUAAGCGCAGCUUGUUUGGAGAUGAUGAUGGACAACCUCUCGAAGAUAUUGCUGAGGAGGAUGAACCUCUGGAGGAAGAGGAUGCUGACAUUGGGGAGGAGGAUGAGAUGGCAGAUUUUAUUGUUGAUGAAGAGGAAGUUGAUGAAAAUGGGGCUCCUUUGAGGAGGAAGAAAGUCAAGAAGAGCAGGCAGCGACCAGGAAUUUCUUCAUCUGCCCUUCAGGAAGCCCAUGAAAUAUUUGGUGACGUUGACAAACUUUUGGACAGUAGGAAGUCGGGAUUCAGGGAUAGGUUUGGUGAAGUUGGUGAGAGGAGCCUUGAGGAUCAGUUUGACCCCAGCAUACUUUCUGAGAAAUAUAUGACUGGAAAAGAUGAUCAGAUUAGAGAGAUUGACGUCCCUGAAAGGAUGCAGUUAUCUGAAGAAAGUACUGGUCCCCCUCCAACGGAUGAGCUUAGUAACAAGAUGGAGACAGAAUGGAUAUAUAAUCAGCUUGUGAAUGGCAUGGUACCAUUUUAUAACAAGAGUAGUUCGACGAAUGAGGAAGUAGAUGAUGAACUGAAGAGACAUCUUGCUAGAUUUCUGGAGUUAAUGCAUGUUCAAAAGCUAGAUGUUCCAUUCAUAGCUAUGUAUCGAAAAGAGGAGAUUUUGAGCCUAUUAAAGGAUCCAAAUGAGCCUGAAGCUGAUAUUGAUAAUGAUCCUAACCAGAAACCUCCUCUGAAGUGGCACAAGGUGCUUUGGUCAAUUCAGGACUUGGAUCACAAGUGGCUUCUUCUUCAAAAAAGAAAGAGUGCACUCCAGUCAUACUACAAUAAGCGGUUUGAAGAAGAGACUCGGAGAGUAUACGAUGAAACACGCCUAGAUUUAAAUAAAAUGCUUUUUGAGUCAAUAACUAAGUCGCUUAAAACUGCCGAUUCAGAAAGGGAGGUUGAUGAUGUAGACUCCAAGUUUAAUUUACACUUCCCCCCUGGUGAAGUUGUUCUGGAUGAGGGACAAUUUAAGAGGCCAAAGAGGAGAUCACAUUACAGUGUUUGCUCUAAAUCUGGACUAUGGGAGGUUGCAAGCAAAUUUGGCUAUAGCUCAGAGCAAUUUGGUUUGCAGAUUUCCCUGGAGAAAAUGAGGAUGGAUGAAUUGGAGGAUGCGAAGGAAACACCAGAGGAGAUGGCAGCUAAUUUCACCUGUAAAAUGUUUGAGACACCCCAAGCUGUGUUGAAAGGUGCAAGGCACAUGGCCGCUGUUGAAAUCAGUUGUGAACCAAUUGUCCGUAAGCAUGUCCGCAGUAUCUUUGUGGAUAAUGCUGUAGUGUCAACUAGUCCUACGCAAGAUGGCAAUACAGCUAUUGAUUCUUUCCACCAGUUUGCUGGAAUUAAGUGGUUGCGUGACAAGCCGCUCAACCGAUUUGAUGAUGCUCAAUGGCUUUUGAUUCAGAAAGCUGAAGAAGAUAAGCUUUUGAAAGUUACUAUCAAGUUACCCGAAGUUGUCCUUGAAAAGCUGAUAAGUGAUUCGCAUGACUAUUAUCUGAGUGAUGGUGUUAGUAAAUCUGCUCAGCUGUGGAACGAGCAGAGAAAGCUCAUAAUUCAUGACGCCUUUCACAAUUUGCUUCUGCCUUCCAUGGAAAAGGAGGCUAGAUCUCUACUGACCAGUCGGGCAAAAGCCUGGUUACACUGGGAAUAUGGAAAGUUAUUGUGGGACAAAGUGUCUGUUGCUCCAUAUCAGUGCAAAGAAAGUGAUAUUAGCUCAGAUGAGGAAGCUGCCCCGAGGGUUAUGGCUUGUUGCUGGGGACCAGGGAAGCCUGCUACUACUUUUGUGAUGUUGGAUUCAGCUGGAGAGGUUAUUGAUGUACUGCAUGCUGGUAACCUGAGUCUUCGUGGGCAAAGUGUUAAUGAACAGCAACGUAAGAAAAAUGAUCAACAGCGAGUGCAGAAGUUUAUGAUGGAUCACCAACCCCAAGUUGUGGCACUAGGUGCAGCUAAUUUGUCCUGUACCAAAUUAAAGAAUGAUAUUUACGAGAUUAUCUUCAAGAUGGUGGAAGAUAACCCCAGGGACGUCGGUCAAGAGAUGGACAAUAUGAAUAUUGUCUUUGGUGACGAGUCUCUUCCGCAUUUGUAUGAGAAUUCUCGCAUAUCAGUCGAUCAACUUCCUUCUCAAGAAGGGAUUAUUAGGCGCGCUGUUGGUAUUGGGCGUUAUCUUCAGAAUCCAUUAACCAUGGUGGCCACAUUAUGUGGUCCGGGUAGGGAGAUAUUGUCUUGGAAACUCAGUCCCUUGGAGAAUUUUCUUACUCCUGAUGAGAAGUAUAGCAUGAUCGAGCAAGUUAUGGUGGAUGUUACAAAUCAGGUCGGUCUUGAUUUGAACUUGGCUUCUAGCCAUGAAUGGCUAUUUGCUCCUCUGCAAUUUAUCUCUGGGCUUGGACCCCGAAAAGCAGCUUCUUUGCAAAGGUCCUUGGUAAGAGCAGGAGCCAUAUUCACUAGGAAAGAUCUUUUGACGUCUCAUGGUCUUGGUAAAAAGGUCUUUAUUAAUGCUGUUGGAUUCCUUCGAGUUCGACGCAGUGGUCUUACAUCUAGUAGCAGUCAGUUUAUAGAUUUGUUGGAUGACACUCGAAUACAUCCAGAGUCUUACAGCCUUGCACAAGAUCUGGCCAAGGAUAUUUAUCGGGAAGAUGGCAAUGAUGAUGCAAACGAUGAUGAUGAUGUACUGGAAAUGGCUAUAGAGCAUGUCAGGGAGAAGCCUCAUUUAUUGAGAGCUGUCGAUGUUCAAGAAUAUGCUGAACAGAAGAGCCGCUUGAACAAAAAACAAACCCUUAAUGAUAUCAGGCUGGAGUUGAUUGAAGGCUUCCAAGAUCGGCGUAGACCAUACGAACCCCGAAGUCAAGAUGAUGAGUUUUACUUGCUAUCCGGGGAGUCCGAAGAAACACUAUCUGAAGGAAGAAUUGUGCAAGCUACCGUUCAAAGAGUGCAAGAGAAUAGGGCAUUUUGUCUUCUUGAGUCUGGAUUGAAAGGCGUGCUCGCCAAGGAAGAUUAUACGGAUGAGUGGAGGGAUAUUAACGAUUUAACCGAGAAACUCCGUGAAGGAGAAAUUUUAAGUUGCAGAAUCAAAUCUAUUCAGAUGAAUCGGUAUCAGGUGUUCUUGACUUGUAGAGAGAGUGAAAUGAGGGGUAAUCGUUUCCAGACUAAUCGGAACUUGGAUCCUUACUAUCAUGAAGAUCGCACCGCCCCACAGUCUCAACAAGAAAAAAGUCGUAAAGAGAAGGAGCUUGCAAAGAAGCAUUUUAAGCCGAGGAUGAUUGUUCACCCUCGCUUCCAAAACAUAACAGCUGAUGCAGCAAUUGAGUUUUUGGCUGAGAAAGAUCCUGGCGAAAGUGUCAUUCGCCCUAGUUCCCGUGGACCUUCGUAUUUGACCUUGACACUGAAAGUUUACGAUGGGGUAUAUGCCAACAAGGACAUUAUCGAAGGUGGAAAGGAACACAAGGAUAUUACUAGUUUACUUCGAAUUGGGAAGACACUUAAAAUUGGGGACGAUACAUUUGAAGAUCUCGACGAGGUAAUGGAUCGUUAUGUGGAUCCGUUGGUAGCCCAUUUGAAAGUAAUGCUUAACUACCGCAAAUUUAGGCGAGGCACUAAAACUGAAGUUGACGAGCUCCUUCGAAUCGAGAAGGCUGAGAAUCCGAUGAGGAUUGUCUAUGGCUUCGGAAUAUCCCACGAACAUCCCGGAACUUUCAUCCUGACGUACAUACGCAGUUCUAAUCCACAUCACGAGUACAUCGGCCUCUAUCCGAAAGGAUUCAAGUUCCGGAAACGAAUGUUCGAGGACAUUGACCGUCUAGUGGCUUAUUUCCAGAGGCAUAUCGACGAUCCUCAUGAUUCUGCACCGUCAAUUCGCUCGGUUGCCGCUAUGGUUCCUAUGAGGAGUCCUGCUCCUGGUGGGGGUGGCUGGGGCGGUUCGAACAAUGAAGGCGGCGGUGGCUGGCGAGGAGGUCAAGAUAGAGAUAGGGGUUCCGGAUCUCGACCAGGGAGAGGCGACUACAGAAAUGGCGACGGGCCACCUAGACCAUACGGUGGGCGCGGCCGGGGACGCGGGCGCGGUGGAAGGGGAGGCGACCGACAAGAUUCAGAUCGAGGGUCGAGGAAGUGGGACAAUAAAGAUGACAACAGCAACAACGAUGGAUGGGGAAGCUUUCCUGGAGCCAAAGUCGAUAACUCCCCCGGUCGGGAUGCAUUUGGUGGUAGCUGGGGAGGAGGCGACGGCGGCAGCAAUGCUGGGGAUGGCGGCGGCAGUGGUUGGGGUUCCUGGGGGCAGGCCGGCGGCGGCGGUGGUUCCAGUAAUGCCGGUGGUGGUGCGGAUGGUGGUGGUAGUUCUGGGUGGGGCGGUGGUAGCAAAAAGAGCUCCGAAGACGGCGGCGGCGGCGGCAGUUGGGGCGGCGGCGGCGGCGGCUGGUCGUAAAACAUUUAUUUACUUUAUGCAAUUGCAAUUUUCUUAUGCUCUACAGAUGCUGCUGCUGCUUUCCUUUUGCUUUGUAAUGUCUUAUUAUCUCUACAAACAUACCUUUUGAA